UUAUCAAGAAACAUCUGUUGAAGUUACAUUCUACGUUUCUUAAUACAGUUGCGGAUAUUCUCAAGAGUUACUUGAAACGUCUUACUUGUGGGACACAGGCAUCAGGAUGAAGUCAUUUCUGUUUUUUCUUCUUGGAAGCAUAUUCAUUUACGGUGACUGUUUGCACCAUGGACGGACAGUAACCACUAACUGUAAAAGCAAAGAAGCAGUUGAGAAGUACCUCGAUGAUGUCUUGAGCAAGGUGCAAGGUGACUUACCUGACCCGAUGCGCAUUCCACCCCGAUCUACCGUCGUCGAAUUGAGUGACGGACAAGUUUGGGGCUUGUCCACCCUCACAAGAAAAGGAGACGCUAAUGUCAAAUGCGAAGGGAAAAAAGUUACAAUAACUGCAAAGUUCACUGCUGAAGAAAUAAAGGGUCGUUACACGUGGCAGAAGAAGUGGCAUGGAAGGGACCGGGAAGGAUACGUCGUAUUCAUCUCAGAAGACUUUGAAGCAGAAGCUGACCUGUCAAUCACUUACGCAGAUGACGAAAAUGAGCACCAUCAUCCACAGUUGGAGAGAUUAGAAAUCAGUCGUUUCAAGGAUGCAAGAAUUGAAAUGACAGGAUUGAGUUACAUUACGUGGGCUUUGGGAGAAAUGACGACGCUCUUGUCCGGCAUUUUCCAAAGAGCUAUUGCGCAUGCUCUCGAAGGACCACUAAGGGAGGCUCUCGAGAUGCGAAUGAGAGAAAUUGACCUUGAUUAAAUAUAAUAAAGUUAAAUAUAU